AGUUGGUGGGCAAGUUGGACUCGGCGCGCGUGGAAAAGCUUGGUCGGAGCGGUGGUUGCCUGCUGCCCAGUGACGUGGUAAGGGGGCAUAUCGGAUGGACGACGACUUGGCGAGAGAAAGUGGAUUGCGUAUGUGGUGAUGUGAUCUGAUGCGACCGUGAACGUGAUGGCGCAUCUAAUAUGGGCCGAUGUUUCUUCGUCCUACUUUUGGGUUAUUGAGCCCAGCAGCCUGCGUCCUGGCCUUUUUCAUGGCGAUUUUGGUCCAACUUCCGGUCCGGUAGAUUUUGGGGGCUUUGGGCUCAGCCGUUUCGAAGGGGAUCGAGGCGACACCGGCGCCGCCGCCACCGCGCGGGUGCUUCUGCUACGGCGGCGGCGGCAGUAGGCGGGCGCGAUGGCGGGGGUUGUGAGCUGGUACGGGCCGCUGAUCGACCUCUCGGCGGCGGCCGGGCACUUGGGCGGGUUCGUGCAACUCCUGGCGUCCGUUCGGCGCGUGCUUCCCCACCAGGAACAAAAUGCUGCAGAUGGACGGGCGUUUCAGAAGACUAUGCUUGAGGUUGGUGACGAUACGAGGUCGAGGUUUUGUGUCUCGCUUUGGCCCAAGCGUGGUUCGAGCGUACUCGCCGGUGAUGUUUUACUAUUGCAAAAUAUUAAGAUAGUUGAAUUUAGAAAUGGCUUGGAGGGAAGAGCUUCUCAGAUAUCUGCUGUCCAAGUAUUGCUGAACUCCAAAGACUUGGUAAAACAAAGUGGAAUUGAUGAACUUAUGAUUAAUUGUAAAGUGGGAGAUAAUACUAGAUCAAAGUUAAGAAGAGUUGUAGAGUGGGCCUGGAUGCAACACAACAAAUGCACUCUUUCGGAAAAUUGCCAUAAGGUGAGGUUGAAGAACUGGAAAGAUGAAAAAGAAAAGGAAUCGGGAAACUUCUUAUCUAUCUCAGAGCUACUGUCUCAGAGCAAAUUACAUGGUGUUGGUGUUUAUGCAUCCAUUUCCAAAAUGGUGUUAACAGGUUCUCUGGCGUCUCACUUCAAUAGGAAGUUUUCAGUCAUUGAAAGAUUUUCCCUGAAAGAACAUGAUGAUAUUUUCAGAGAUUUAGUUACUGCUGGAUGCACGUUAUGUGGUUCACCUUUAUAUCCAAAAAACCUCCAUGGAGAAAAUACUUAUCCCAUUGACUGCCCAAAAAGUCCAAAAUAUCUUCAUGUUAUUGGGCAGAUAUACAAACCCUUCAUGAUAUAUGUGCGAGACCAAUCUGGACAAAUUCCUGUUCUUGUAAGGAAUAAAGCUGCAGAGAUCUUGUUUGCAAACAUUAUUGCAGAUGAUGUAUCUGAAUGCUAUAAGAACCAUCAUCCUAUGUUGUUAGAUACUUGUGACUGUGGCAGCUUGAACACUUCAGGUGGCGAGACAGGAAUUAUAAAAAGGAAAAGGACAAAAGAAAAGCCUGAUUGGCAUCUCAUUUGGCUUAUAAUAAUUAAAUGUCUGUUGAAUCAACACAAGAACAGCCCAUUCUGCUUACAAAUUUCAGUCAAUACUGACAAGAGUGUCGAAGAUGGACGUUUUGAACUGGUUUCUCUGACAAUGACAAUACCAUGAGGUCGCAUGUUUUUGUAGCACAGUAUGUGUUAGUUCAAAUGAUGGUUAAAACUGAAAGGUUUCUUUCCGUGGAUUGGAUCAGUGGAACUUAUCUUAUCUGAUGGUGCAACCUUUAGAGUGAUAUAGUUGGGAUGGCAGAACUAUUAACCAUCUUCAGUUUGAGAAUGCCUUAUCUUACAAUAAACUAGACCUGGGCCAUUCCAGACUAACCUUAUGUCUGACAACCUGGAACUCAUUUUGACGAACACAGUAUGAGACAGGCCAGGAGUAACAAUGAUGCAGGGGAUUAUGCAACAUGGUGAUGAUAAUGAUGAUUUGAAUCUGAAGCAGCCUUGAAACAGCAAGUGGUUUUUGCCGAUGCUUCCCUGCCAGCAAAUAAAGUUAGCUCGAUGAUUUUCAUUAAUCCCCUCCGAAGUGGCCAUGCUGAUGAUUCCAUUGUGAUGUGUCCUGUGGUUAAAAUUGUUAGCUGCAACACGGUCCUGGAACUAGAAAGGCCUUCCAGACACUGAGCAGCAUGAGGUGCUUUGACCUCGAAUGCUUGAUGAUGAAUCGGUGGUUUAUUUGUUCAUCAAUGCUUGAUAAUGUUUUUCUUUUGCUUGUUAUUGUCAACCUUAGGCUAUGCAGUUCUCUUAAUGAUAAUGGAGACAGAGUUGGCAUGAUCUAUCCUUUUUUAAAAAAACUUUGUAAGUAUGACAUAUUCAGGUUGCUUGAAGCAACAUUUUUCUCAUUACCAUUUCCUUGCACCUGACAUACUCCAGAUAUGCUAAUCUGUUUCUUUCUUCUCA